AUGAGCAAUAACUUCGACAAGAAUAAGCUCGUGCACGUCGAGACCACGGUCUCGUCGCAGACCAACAUGGCGGAGUCGUCGCUGGACCUCCCUUACUCAGCGUCCAAGAAAACGGACACGCAGCACCUGGAGUUCGCGGGCCAGGAGGUGGAGGAAACGGGCUACGCGACCACGGCCGUCGGAAGCGACACCAUCGCGAAGUUCCUCGGGCUCUCCGAGGACGCGCGGCAGGCGGACGGCGCGGAGAAGCAGAUGCCGCUCCUGCAGGCCAUCAGGCAGUACCCCAAGGCCGCGAUGUGGUCCGUGGUGCUGUCGUCGGCGCUGAUCAUGGAGGGCUACGACACGGCGCUGCUGUCGUCGCUGUACGCGCUGCCCGCGUUCGCGAAGCGCUACGGUUCGUACAACCCGGCCAACGGCAUCUACGAGAUCGACGCCAAGUGGCAGACCGCGCUCAGCAUGUGCAUCAACGUGGGCGAGGUCAUCGGGCUGCAGUUCGCGGGCAUUGCCGCGGACCGCGUGGGAUACCGGUGGACACUGAUCGCGUCGCUGAUCGCGGUCUUCGGCUUCAUUUUCAUCCUGUUUUUCGCCGUGUCCUGUCCCAUGCUGGCCGUGGGCGAGAUCUUGUGUGGCAUUCCCUGGGGCUGUUUCCAGACGUUGACCGUCUCGUACGCCACCGAGGUGUGCCCAUUGGCGCUUAGAUACUACCUGACCACCUACGUCAACAUUUGCUGGAUUCUGGGCCAGAUCAUGGCGUCCGGCGUGCUCAAAAACUCGCAGGAAAACCUCGCGAACUCAUCGCUUGCAUACAGAUUGCCCUUCGCGCUCCAGUGGAUCUGGCCGCUGCCAAUCGCGGUGGGGAUUUACCUAGCUCCCGAGUCGCCCUGGUGGCUUGUGAAGAAGGGGAGAAUGAACGAGGCUGGACGCAGCUUGAGCCGCCUGAUCUCGGGUUUGAAGUCCGGCGAGAAAGCGGCCGUCAUCGACGCCAUGCUCAAGAAGAUCCAGCUCACCACGCAGAAGGAGGAUGCCAUGACCAGAGACACCACUUACUGGGACUGCUUCAGGGGCCCUGACGGCCGGAGAACGAGAAUCGCGUGCCUCACGUGGGUCACGCAGAACGCCUGCGGCAGCGCGAUGAUGGGAUACUCAACCUACUUCUAUACCAAGGCGGGCUUGAGCGAGUCGUACGCCUUCUCGUUCUCCAUCAUCCAGUACUGCCUCGGGCUGGUGGGCACCGUGUUGUCGUGGUUCUUCUCCAAGAAAUACGGGCGCUUCACGAUCUUCGCGGGCGGCCUGGCCGUGCAGUCGCUACUCCUGAUUGCAAUCGGCGCGUCCGGGUUCUCCCACUCGGACGGCGCAAAGUGGGCCGCGGGCUCGCUGCUGCUGAUCUUCGUGUUUGUCUACGAUGUGGGCGUGGGCCCCGUCACGUACUGUCUUGUGCCCGAACUGCCCAGCAACAAGCUGAGAACCAAGACUGUUAUCCUGGCUCGUAACUUCUACAACCUCAUGGGUAUCAUAAACGCCAUCUGGACCCCAUACAUGCUGAACUCUGAGAAAUGGAACUGGGGCGCCAAGACCGGUCUCUUCUGGGGCGGUAUCUCGCUGGUCAUGCUCACGUGGGCGAUUCUGGACCUGCCAGAGACCAAAGGCCGCACCUUCGGCGAGAUCGACGAGCUGUUCCUGCAAGGCGUGCCUGCGCGCAAGUUCAAGUCCACGGAAGUCAACCCCUACGACAGCGCCAAACUGAUGGCGGAGCUGAACGACGAACAGAUCGAGCACAUCGUCAGAACCGACGAGAGGCAGAAGGCGGAUCCCAUGACGACCAUUAUGGAAGACUCCGAGUGA